UGAAUUUUGCAGUCUUCGAAUGAACGUACGUGAAAAACUUGUACACACAUUUUGCUCCAAAAAUGGAAAAAAUGUAAGUGAAUAAAAAAACUAUUAAAACCACAAAAAAAUAAAUGAAUUUUAAACAAAUUAAACGAAAAGAAAUAAUAAAAACAAAGUGAAAAAAAUAUUUAACAAAAAAACUUACAAAAAAUAAAAAAAACUACAAAAUGUAAGUCGAUGUGAUAGUGUGUGUAUGUUGUUGGUUGAUAAAGAAGUACAAAAUUAUUUUAAAAAGUGAAUUCAAUGGAAAAAAUUAAGAAAAAACAUAAGCUAACUUUAAAAAAGUGAAAGGAUUAAUUUUGUGUGAAGAGGAGUUCCAUGUAUAUAGUUUUCAAAAACUGAAAAACUAUUUGAAAGCAAGUGACAAGUGAAGAAGAAAUACAUACAAAAAUAAAAAAAUAAAAUAUUAAUUGUUCGCAAUUACGUCUUAAGUUGUAACAGAAUUGAGUGUGUGUGAAAAAUAUUUAACUAAUAACACGUUAGCAAAUAAAAUUUGCUAAAAAAUUUAAACAAAUGGCUUAAAAUAACAACAUUAUCAAAACAAACAAAAAUGUUUGUGAUUAAAACAACGAUAUAAAUCGAAAUAUAUAAUUAAAAAUAUAAAAUUAUUAGAAAAAAAUUAUAUAAAAAUAAAAGUAAAAAACGAAAAUCAAAACAUCUUCACGAUAAUUUUGAGUGAGAAAACGUUAAAGCAAACAACGAUCGUGGAAUCAACAAAUAACAAUAGCUGUUUUAAACGUUUCCAAAGGAAACCUAAGAAACGUAAACGGCCCUUAAACUAUAACAAACGCCGCAAUUAUCGUUAUUAUUGUUAUCGAAAUAACACAAUAAAUAUUAUUAAAUAUAAAAAUAAUAAAGAAAAUAAAAAUUAUAAUAAAAAUCGUAAUAUUAGUAGACGACAACAACUAUUAAAAAUUCUGAAUACCAAAGUAAUGUUGAUUAAUGUAAUGGCUAAUAAUGUAAUGUUGUCCAAGAAUAUUCAACGAUCAAAACUUUUAAUACAUAAUUUAAAAGCUCUAAAUAUCACGGACUAUUGUUUUGAAUUAAGCCCCCAUGAUUUUGGGGGCCCGCCACCACUUUAUGUACAACAACAUCAACUGGAGGAAACUAACGAAAAAACGACAAUACAACAAAAUAUUGGCCGCCAACAAAAUCAGAAUAAGAAACAAUUUAAUACAAUUGCAACAAAUACUUCGAUAACAAUUACAAAAAAUGAUGAUAACAGUUAAGUGAUAAUAAACAGCAAAAAAGAAACAAAAAAAAAAAAAAAAGAAAAACACAAACAGAAAAAAAAAACAUGUUAACAUUUUCGAAUGAAUGAACAAGAAGAAAAAUUAAUAACAAAAUAACAGUUUUUCAUUUAAAAAAUUUAUUGUAAAAAAAAAACAAAAAAAGAAAAUAAAUACCAAAAUACUGUAAAGAGGAUAGAUAGAAAGCAAAAAAACCCAGCCUCAACUAGCAGUAGGUCGGUCACAUUCUCCUCAUCAGAAGAUAAGUAAAGUGAGUAAAAACAAAAACAAAAAAAGUUUUGCUAGAAUUUUGUUGUUUGUUACGUUUUAUUUUCAAAUUAAAACCUUUUUACUACAAUUUUUGUUGAGUUUUUAAUUUUUGUAAAUAAAUAAAAAACAUUAAAAGAAAAACACUUACAAAUCAGAAUAACCAACCUCUGUCAGAAAUAAUACUUAUUCUGGAGAAGUAUUUUUUGAUAAAUCAUAUCAAAGAAAACUUCAUAAUCCAAAACUAAUAAAAAAUACAAAAAAAGACCAAGUUUAGGUAAUUUUUCUUAAAUAAAUAAUGCCCUUGCCAUCUUCGGGUAUAAUUGUAGUUGAGAAACCAUCUUCAGCAUCUAGUACAAUAAUCAACAAUUCCUCAACAACUAUUAAUACAGUUAAUAAUUCUUCACUUCAUCCACCACAAGAACAGACCCAACAGGCACAACCAAAACAACAAACUCAAAUACAAUAUUAUGAAUAUUAUGAUGUUAAUGAAAAUCAACAGCAGCAACGACAACAGCAACAAUAUCAUCAUCAACAACAACAGCAGCAGCAGCAACAACAUUCAACAAUUGUGGUGGAUGGUACAGUAUACCAUCAUCAGCAACUACAACAGCACCAACAACAAUUGCAAUUAGGAGCAGGAUCAGGCAGUGUAGUAAUCGGGCGUAAAAUUCAUAAUUCGUCCUCUACAUCGUCCACAUCCUCGACGUCUUCGUCUUCGUCCUCGUCUACGUCGUCGUCAUCAACGACUUCGUUAAAUAAACCAAAUUUACACAUACAAACCUUAAAAACCGUGCCCAUGCCGCAAACUAAACAAUAUUCUCAACAGCAACAAAUAAUACAGCAUACCUCUCAUACAAACACCGCCACAGCCACCACCACAAAUCCGCAACAUCAUCAGCAUCAACAUCAUCUGCAUCAACAACCGCAACAUGUGCAGCAGAUCAAUUUGGCUGCUUCAUCUAUACAACAUCAUCAAACGCAACACCAUCAUAACCAACAGCAGCAGCAGCAACAACAACAGCCUACGCCGACGGCCCAUAUGAUCCAAGUUUCUGAAGAAUUUCUAGAACAAGCUGCCAACAAUCACAACACAGGCAAUAUGAUGAUUUCCACCACAGGCGAGGUUAUCAACCAACAGCAAAUAUUCAAAAUUGUCAGCACUGAUGGCACCACCGGUAACAUGAUCAUUGAUGCAACUAAUCAAAAUGCAAACACUACAACAACCACCUCUAAAGUUCUAUUAAGUAAUUUGACUGUAUUGUCCAAACAGCAAACUACUGCACAGGGUCAAAUUAUUGCUAGCAGUCAUCAACAGUCCCCAGCAGCAGGACAAACAAUCAAUUUUGUCAAUGCCAAAAACUUGUAUACAACUUCAGCGACUGGUGGUAGCAUUGCUACGGGCGGUAAACAGCAAAAGUUUACAGUGGCCACAGCAAAUGUGGGUAACUACAAGGGAUCGACCCUCAAACAAACAUCCUCAGUAGCUGGUACCCAAUAUUUGCAACAGACCAAUGCUAUGGGACAACAGAAAAUCAAUAUGACUGCUGGUAAUCGUAAUAUGCAAAUGUUGACCACAACACGAGUACAAAGUGGAAAUGCCAACUCAAAUACCAACAGCAGCAAUGUUGCUCUUUUAACGAAUAAUACAGCAACGGCACAAACAAUGGUACUGCAACAACAUCCUCAGAAAUUUAUUACCAACAACACGGUUGGAACUAAGACAACAACAACUGCUUUAGGUUCUGGUGGUGGCAAUAUUAUUAAGAAGUCAACAACAACUGGAACAUUACGUAUGAAUAACAGUAACAAUACAACGGCUACUACGAAAUUAAUGAACAAUUUGCAAACGACGCAAGGAGUCAAAACAUUUAUAACACAAACUCCCAGUCUACAGCAACAGCAAACGCAAAAUAUCAAUCAAUUGACUUUACAGCAUCAUACAACAAAGGGCAGUGGCGGCAAAUCGAAAUUUGUUAAACAGUAUAAUAAUGCUAUACUCAACAGCGCUGGCGCUGUAACAAUAGCAACGUUACCACAUCAACAGUCAAAUAGCCAAAAUAAUUUGCAAAUUCAACAGCAGCAGCAGCUACAACAUCAACAGUUACAGCCACAAACCACCUAUAUAAAUCAUCAUAAGAAUAGCGGUGGCGGGGGAUCGACGAAAAUUAAUAAGAUCAAUUCAAAGUAUGCACAAUCGGUAAAUGUGGCAGCUCAAUUACCGCCUGGUACUCAAUUGCACCAAAAAAGUAUUAAUCAACAAACACAACAACAGCAGCAGCAACAAUUUCAAACAGCUAGCAGCAAUAGUAAUAUUAAAUUUGUAAAUGCUCAAGGUACCAUUAUACAACAACAGCAGCAGCCUCAGAAAUUCAAUAAUAAACACCAUCAUCAGCAACAACAACAACAGCAGCAGCAACAAUAUCAAAAUUUACAAAAUUAUGAUAUAGUAGAUGGUAAUCAUCUUUAUAGCCCAACAACGGCUAGUGCAGCUGUUGGUGCAACUUCUUCAACAUCUACGUCAACUGGAACAACAUCAUUGACGCCUGCAACAGCAGCUUCAACUUCAUCUUUAUUAACUGAUGAUAUAAUGAUGGUAAAUGGUACACAAAUGACAGAUGAACUAUCUGCUCGAAUAUUGCAAAGUAUGUCCCAGAAAUCAUUCAGUAAUCAGCGAUAUCAACAGCAACAACAGCAGCAUGUUUUUCAAACAAAAUCAUCAACGACAACACCAUCAGCAGCAUCCUCACCAUCGCUGAGUUCCAACAGUAAUACUAACAACAAUAAUAUGUUGCCACCUCCAACUUCAUCUGCUCCACAAAAUACCAUUAUGCAAACAAACAACAGCAACAAUAAUAAUUCAAAUAUUUUAUUAUCCCCACGAGAAUAUACACUGUAUCCAACGACAGCGGCAGCAGCAAAUAUUGCUGUAGUUCCCGCAAGUCAUCAUCAACAGCAGCAACAGUCUUCUCCUAAUCAUUACAGUAAUGCGACUAACCCAACGGCGUUGGCGGCAACAGCUUCCUCAAAUAUAACGGCUGGUUCCUUUUCAUCCAACAAUUAUAUUACAGUUUCUAAUAAUAGUAAUAGUAUGACUACUAUUACGCCACACACGACCGGCGGAACUUCAGCAGUUGCAAACAGUACGUUGACGAACAAUUCAACGAGUGGCAGUUUAAGCGGUUCGGCAGUACGACAAGCUCAAAGUGCUCCUAAUUCUCGUUCCCAGUCAAUGGAACGUAAAUUACAUGAAUCUUCAAUGUCGCGCAAAUCAACGGAGUAUUAUAAAGUCAACAAUCAUAAUUCCCUACGUGGCAGCAGCAGCAGUCAUCACAGUAAUUUAGUGACUACACCAGCCGCUGUGGCCCAAAGUAGCGGGAGCUUAGCUAUGGCAUCAGCUUCCGCUACGAAUCUAAUGGGAGGAGUAGGAGGAGUGGUGUCAACAGCAAUGCCGCCUUCACCAAUGCCACGACCACCAUCUAUACCACCAGCAGCUUUAAUUAUGGAACCUCAGGCUCAGGUGAUACAUUUGCAAGCUACUAAAACUUUACCGGGUGCUAAUAAUUCAUCCAACGAUGAUGAUGAUGACAUAAUUGGUGAAGAAAUAAGACCAGCUCCCGUGGAAACUGAAGAUAUACGUUUGCGCAUCCUACAUGCAGUUCUACUCGAUCACACCUAUGUUAAUCCAAUGCCUUUGGAGUUGCCUACUUCGUUUGCUAUACAGUUGGCACCGGCAUCAAAUUCGAAUGCUUCGUCAUCAACUUCGGCAACAUCAUCAAGUGGUGUAACAGGCCAUAGUCAGCAGUGGUCUUUGGGUGGUAUAGGAGCUGUAGCUGCUACGGCCGCAGCUGGUGGUGUAGCUCAACAAAAUUAUGCACUUUAUAGUACACAAUUAACCCGCCUGCAGCAAGAUGAAGACUCUUAUUCAGCUAUUAGUACUAGUUCCAGACUAGCUGUCGGUGAUAUAGAUCCUGGCGAAGAAACGGAGACAGCUCCUGAAGCAGAACUUGAAGAUGAUUCAAUUACACGCUGUAUUUGUGAUUUAACACACGAUGAUGGCUACAUGAUAUGUUGUGAUAAAUGUUGUGCUUGGCAACAUGUUGACUGUAUGGGUAUCGAUCGUCAGAAUAUACCCGACGAGUAUUUGUGUGAAUUAUGUCAACCUCGUGAUGUGGACAAAGUGCGCGCACGUUCUCUGCAGCUAUUGAAACGUAAAGAACAACAACAGCAGCUUAUGUUGACGGCUCAAGCACAAGCUGUCACCUCCGCUGGUACCAUGGGAGCAGCUGGUUCUGCAAGUGGUGGUAGUGGUGCAGGUGGCGUAGCAAAUCUUCUGCCCAACGAUGUCUUAGGACCUCAACAACGUUUGGCGGGAUCCACAGCGGCUGGUUUUAAUCUUACCGGCAAUACGGCAACUGAUAAUGCCGCCCUCCAAUUAUUUACGGCUGGUGGUACAAAUCUAAAGAAAGGAGCCAAAAUGUUGAAGAAAGUCAAGGAUGGUGUUACUGGUAAAAGAUCAAAGAAAGCCGAAAAGUUGGCCGCUGCUGCUGCCGCCGGUUUGACACCCACUGGUAAACCUGCGCGCAAAGAAACCAAAAAGAAUACAAAACGCAAAAAAGCAGGUGCCCACGAUGGUAGUGGUAGUACAGUUGGCAUGACAGCAGCUGAAAAGCAUGCUGCCAACUUAAGACAAUGGAUCGAAAACUAUGAACUGGCGGUUACUAAUCACUAUUCGCCAGAGUUGAGAGCCCGUCUACACGCCAUUACCAAGCAACCUUCUCUACUGCAAAGUAUUCUGAAUACAGAAAAUCCCAUACUAAAAGAGUUCAGCAAUGGCAGCUUGGAGAAUCGUGCCACAACUGUACCGCAUGCCGGUGGUAAAAUACUCAUUAGUAACUUGGAUAUAUCACCCAAUUCUCCCAUCUGUGAACUGAGGGGUAAAUAUAUGCUCACCACCCAAUACAAAACGCAAAACACAUCAAUGAAUAUGAAUAGCCCGCCUCCGAAUAACUAUCAUUUGGCUAGCUACAAGGCUCACAAAACUCCCGGCCCCUUUAUAUUUUUCUAUCAGUUGCCAGGCACUGAGGUGACGUCCACGCAGCACUUAGUGCCGCAAACGACAACAACAACGACGUUAAACGCAGAUGGAACUUAUACCACCACUACGACCACGUUACCAGCUCAGCAAAGCCCGCCGCCAACUUUCCUCAAAGGUCCCGAAAUUUGUGUUGACACCCGAACAUAUGGCAACGAAGCAAGAUUUGUACGAAGGUCAUGCCGUCCAAAUGCCGAAAUACAACAUCUAUUCGAAAAAGGUACCAUCCAUUUAUUUAUAGUGGCUUUGACAGACAUCCGAGCCAGUACCGAAAUAACCAUACGUCAUGAACCACACGAUCUGUUGGCUGUUGAUAAUAAGAAAUCAUCCACAAUGAUCAUACAGCCCACUAGUACGCCAUGUGCUUGUGGUUUAACGAAGGAUUGUAUUUUUGGACCACCUUUGCCACAGCUGCCGCCGGCGGCCAAAUCAAAUGCCGGCCGUAAAUCUCUGGCGCAUGGUGGUGCAGGAACUGCAAAUACCGGUAAUUUAACAGCGAAACAGCGCAAAGCAAAUCAACAGAAUUUGAAUCGUAACCGAUCGAUCUCAUCCAGUGCCAGUGGUGACAGUAAUAUGGGCACCACAGCGACGACAACGACAAACACUGUAGCCAUGGGCUUAAAUAGUCCCAACAAUGUGGGCAAGACUGCAGCUACAAAUAAAAUGGUCAAUUGUAAUACUCUAAUGCCUCUAACAGCGUCCUGCAAUAGUAACUUGAGUAAUGCUUCAUCCACAUCCUCAACUUUAACUAGUAUAAUGCAUGAUUCUGGUGUAUGUACGUCGUCAUCAUCGCCAUCAGUAUCGAUACCAUCACCAACACAACAUAUGCAUUCACCCAUACAGCAACAGCAGCAGCAGCAAGUUCAGCAACAACAACAGCAAUUGUUGCAUAACCCGCAGAUGAGAUCGACGACGACGUCAGUUCAAUUAUUGCCACAACAACAGCAACAGCAGUUGAUGCAAUCAUUGCCUACACCAUUAAUGGUAACGACGCCUCCAGACAUGCAGCAGCCGCAUCAUCCGCACCUCCACCAGCAGCAGCAACAACAUCAGCAGACGCCGUUAGUAUUACAACAACCUGCCAUGAUUAUACAACAGCAGCCUCUAAGUGUAAUAGCUCAAGCAACGACUUCCCAUAACACUGGCCAUGAUGCUCUUACCGCAACUGAACAAACACCGCAAGCGCAAGCGGCGCUUUGCCUGCCAGCGCAACCGGCAACAGUGCAACCAGCGCCGCAGCCUCAAGCACAAACACAACCGCAUCAUAUGCAGCAACAAUUAUUGUUGCAAGAACACAAUCAAGUUCAAAUGCAAGCGCCAGCAUCUCAACAUACCACCACUAUGGUGGCGGCAGCAUCUACUGGUCUAUUGGAGACAGUAUCGCCAGAAGCAACAAUAGCCGCCGUUGCCUUACAGUCUCUAAAUGCCUCACAUUCUCCGAAUGUAGCAGUAGCAGCUCCAUCUCCAGUUCUCUGUGCAAAUGUUGAGCCAACGCAACUGCAGCAUCAACAAUUUGUUAUAGUACCAGCUGCGGAUACAAUAGCGGAACCACAACAAACUCUUCAGCAAAAUCAAAGUUGUGAAAAUUUGAUGCCAAAUACAUCGGCCGCUUCUCCGUCUCUAACUUCAUCUCCACAACAACAACAACAGCAGCAACCACAACACCACCAAACAAAAUCUCCACAGAAAAACAAUCAUUCCCAACACAAUAGUACGCAUCCAGGCCGUAAAACUCCUGGCAAACAGGGCCGUACUACUAGUGUUUCUGAAGAUAAUGAACAUCAUAAUGAAGACAAUUCUGUAACAUCAACACCAACCUCUGCUUCCACACCUAAAGAGAAACCGAAGUUAUCUCGAGAAGAUCGUAAAAUGGAGGCCAUUUUAAGAGCUAUAGAAAAAAUGGAACGCAAUCAACAAAGAAAACAAGAGCAGAAACAAACCAAACGUCAAAAUGCUGGCAGUAGUCAUAAUACAACUCCUACAUCACCGAAUAAAUCUUUCGAUUCGGUAGAAAACUCGGGAGGAACAAAACGUACCAACAAUCACACUGGAACGGGAGGAAGGUCGAAGAAAAAACGUAAGGCAGGAAAGGGUGGCCAAGGUGGUGCCCAUAAUAACCAGCGCAAACGAAGACAGAGUCGCAAAGAUAGUCAAGAAUCGGUUGAUGAGAGUAGUGCGCAUGAUCACGAGGCGGUUACAUCCGAAUCAGAUGGCUGUACGGCCAUGCACUCGCCUCCCAUACAAACAAUGGCCUCACAAAGACAGCAGCCACAGUGCUCCUCUCUACCUACAACCUCAAGUGCGGCGGCAAGUAGUGCUGUCGCCUCGACAAGGCCUCCGCCUUCCAAUGAGGCAAUAGCAAAUAAUGUAGAUCAGGCAGCUGGGCUUCUUAUGGCAUUUGCUAAUCCUACAAUUUCUCCAUCUCUGAAUUCAUCUUCCGCCUCCAUACCAACAGCUGUAGAGCAGAAUGUUCCACAAUCGCCCAUACGUUCAACUCAGUACGCGGAAGCAGCUGCUUCAUCACCGCCCACUCCACCAUCUCAUGUUAGCAGUGCUUGCUUAUUAAUAGAAGCUGCCGUCGGUCCUUUAGAAACCAAUUUAGAUGGCCAACAUGCAGAAAUGCAUAAUUCAGAAUUCAAGUAUCCUCUGCAGGCGAAAACUAAAAAACAUUUGAUGAAUAAUUGGCUACAUCAGGCGGAAGAAAAUAUGCCCGCCGAUAAUAAUGGCACUCUGACGGAGCCAACACCACAAUUACCACAAGCUCCCAUGACUUCGGUGACAUGCAGUGGCUUACCCAGCGUUUCCGCAUCUGGUUUGGACUCAUUACUUCAGGCUGCCAUGAGUGAUCUUAAACAAUCACAAGACGAAACAGAACAGCCGCAAAAUUUGAGUAUUGCCGCACAGAAAGUUGAGGAAUUUAUACAACAAACGGAGGCAUCUGCCGGAAGUGUGUCAACGCCGACAACAGUCAAACAUUCCUAUGAAUACGAUCAGCAGAGACAAUAUGCAAAUAUGCCCAUACCGGCGGUAGAUUUAACACUUAAAACGCCUUUAACAAUAGGACCAAUGCCGAAUCCUCCUCCAACAUCCGAAGUCUCUACUACUAACCGUAAUUUUCAUUUACCUUUACAAGUCAGUACAUGCAGUAAUAAUUCCUCAGUUAAAAAACGUUGGCUGCGGCAAGCAAUCAGUGAGGAAACCCACGAGGAGUUUCAAAAUUCAUUCUCUAUGACUCCCUCACCCACUAUUGCCGUAGUCAAUAAUAACUUUGUGCAAAACCAAACACAACAACAACCCCAACAGCCAGCCACUGCUAGCACUUCAGCUAGCUCAGUUACGAACGGUUUUACAACGCCACUGAAAAAGAGGCGUUUGUUGCUAACAGGCAAAGAUGAAACGGAAGAAAAUCUAUCGCAAAGUUGUGGGGAUUUAAGCGCGAAUGCUACUCCAUCUCCACCACCUGCACCAGUACCAGCACAGCAACUGCAGCUUCCCAAUCAAAUGCAAUUUUCUCCAUUGAAAGAAGCUCAGCCUGUUUUGGAAGAAUAUGAACACAAAGAUGGAACACAAGAUCUUCCCUCUCAGGAUAUGCAAGAAGAUGUUGAUGUAGAUGUAGAAAAAUGUGAGAUGAAUGAAGCACAAAUUCAACAGCCACCACAUGAACAUCCACUCCAUCAUGAGCCACAAUAUCCAAAAAUAGAAAUGGAUCAAGAACAAGAUGUUGAUGUGACAACUUCACCUCCUCAGGAAGAUGGCCCUCUUUUAGAGGAACAAAUCAAAAUGGAAACUGUUAUUAAACAUGAGGAUGAUCUAAUGCUGCAAACCGAGGUAAAAGAAGAAUCUACAGUAGCAACUGUUCAACAGACAGAUCAACAGACCGGUCCUGCUGAGUUUAACGAUCAAGAAGAUGAUGUAGACAUUUUAAGAUCUCCCAGUCCAGGCAGAGAAAUGAUUAAAGCUGAGGAUAAUUUGGUUAAAAUUGAGCCCGAAGAUACUAGCGGAACUGAAGAUGUUAAAAUCGAUGUUGAACGCGAAGAAAGUAUGGCAGCCGAUGAUGAUGUAGUUACACAACACAAUGAAAGAAAGGAAAUUGUAACAACUCAAGUUUUCAAAGAAGAGGAACGAGUAAAUACUCCUACUCCGUUAAUUACGGAAAGUAUUGAAAUCAAACAAGAGGUUAAAAUGGAAAUUGCUAAAGAGGAGCCGAUUGCACAAGAAGAAGAACUACCAAAUACGAACCGAGAAAUGGAAAUUGCUGAAACUAAAGCAGAUAUUCAAACACAUUUAGAAAUAAAAACUGAGGAGGAAUCUCAGGCACAAGUUGAAGAGCCCAAACCGAAGAGACUUAAAUUAGAGAGAACGGAAGUUGAAGAACAAAAGCCAGUUACUGUUAAAAAAGAGCAAACAAAACCAGAAACUCUCGUUAGUGAGGAAGUGAAUGUAAAACAAGAAAUGAAGACAAAAACUGAAAUACACUCAAAAGUGGGACAGAAGCAGGAGCUAGUAGUACCUCAUUCUACCACAAACAACAAAGAAAUUGAAAAAGUCGAAAAUGUGUUAAAAUUAGAAACGACUAAAAUGGAAAAGCAGGUCUUGGUAGGUGGUGAUGACACUGCUGAAGUAACAUCAUCAUCUUCGUCCACAUUACUGGCUGUUCGAACUGUUGCUGCGGAUACCACCUUUGCGGACGUGGACGCUUCUACACCUCCACCUCCUCCUACAACGACUGUUGUAGGUGGCACAGCGGCGCCCAUACAACGUCACAAAUCAUUAAGCGAUGAUGAUAUACAAGCACGUUUACAUAAUUUCCACAAAGAAAAUAUACUCAUUCUACAGUCUCGCAAUAAGAAAACAAAGUCAUCCUCCUCCUCUGCAGCGACAAACUCGAAUAGCAAUUCAACUUCUAAUAAUUGCCUAACUACUAACAGUGAGCAUCACAAAAAUAGAACAACAUCUUCGUCCUCUUCGUCGUCUAAUAAUCAGCAACACCACAAUCAUCACCACCACCAUCAUCAUCAUCAAGAGGGAAAAGAAAAGUCCGAUAAAUCUAGUUCAAAACAUCACAAAUCAUCAUCAACUACAUCGAGUGGUUCUUCGAAGAAACAAAAAUUGCACAAACGUGAAAGAACAACUAGUUCUAGCAGUUCAAAUAGUCAUAAAAACUCUUCCUCCUCCUGCUCAACGCCUCAAAUAUCAUCUUCCUCAUCGUCUCUGUUAAGCAAAAAUGCUGUUAUAAACUCCACCAUUAACUCCACUGGUUCUUCAAAGAAAUUAAAAUCUCUCAAGAAGUCCUCUUCAGGAUCUUCUACCUCAUCGAGUACUUCAUCCAGCUCUUAUGCUUCUUCAAACACAGCUUUACAAAACUGUUAUCCAACUCCAUCUUCUACAACACCUAGUGCGGACAAAGAGAAACAACAGAGACAAAGAACAACCUCCUCCUCCUCAUCAAGUAAUAAUAACAAUAUUGGUAGUAGCAGUAAUGUACAUGCCACUCCCACAACGACGCCAUAUCCUUCCAGCAAAAAGCGUCAACUCAAUUUUGAGUUGGAACUAACGAAGGACAUGCAUUUACUUAACAGUAACGUUUCAGCUAGUAGCAAACACAAGAGAGAGGCGUCCAAGUUAGCAGCUGAUGAACAAGGUCAUGUAGUAGCCAAAAAGUCGAGAAAAGAUACGGUGUCGACACAAAAGGAUGAACUUAAAAAUGGCACCAACAAGCAGCUGGUCAAAAAUGAAAAACAAAUAGAUAAAAAGUUUUCAACCACAACUGCUGCUAGUAAUGCCCUAAAAACAACAGCGGCAACAGUUACUACAAGUGGCCAAGUUUUAAAUGCAACGGCUAUACCCCCUGUAACAGCAACCACACCUACGCCUUUAGAAGAGCCGCCUAAACAUAUACCCACAAUUGUAUCUCAACCACCACAAACCCCAAUUCCAGUCUUAAGGGAACAUCCAACUUUACCACAUUUUAAUAAUGUUGUUAUAGCAACAAAUAGUACUUUAACCAGCCAUCAGCAACCACCGCUACCACCAGUACAACAUCAACCUCCACCGCCUGUACUACCACAAAACAUUCCAAACCAUGUGAAUAGUCCCAGUUAUAUACCUACGGUCCAAAGCAAUCAACAUAAUCAGCAACUGCAGCACCCACCUUUACCACCAACACCUCCCUCUGCUGGAGGCAUAUCCUCUCCGUUGUCUACUACCCCUAGUGUUAAUGCAACAAAUCAUUUGCCGUUUUACAAUACCAUUUAUGGCAAGCUCUUGGACAAUCCUACACCGCCCCCUAGUCUACCAACACCUAUGACACCCACGAUUAGUUUGGCGGCGACUGGAACAACACCACCUCCCAUAACAGCAAAUACAAGUGCUCCAACUGCAGGAGGAGUUCUGUCAGAGUAUUUAGAUACAAAAUUGAAAAGCUACAGCACAUUGGGAGGUUAUGUGUCGCACACCGCCUUAUUUGGUUUAAAUAAUGCCGCUAAUAUCAAAGAUUCAUCGCCUAGUGCAGCUGUAGUCAGUUCAACAACCAUUGCAAGUGCAUCAGUUGCUGCCUUAACAAAUGCUGUACCCCUUAAGGAGACGUCCACAGAAAUGCCUGCCCCGUUACCUCCUCCACCAGUAAGCGGAGGUACCAUAACUUUAACACCGUCUUGCUCUACUUCUGGUAACAUUGCUGCUACAAGUACGCCUUUAAAAAUACACACUAAAACUGCUAGCCAUGAUCCGCGUUUGAAUCCCCAGCUAACAGCACCAGAACCACCACCACAACCUAAGCGUAAACUGUCUAUUAAUGAAUAUCGCAAACGUAUGCAACAAUCUUCGUCCAAUGAUUCGAAUAGCGGUGGUAGUAGUUUAACAACAACGCCAACCACUCCUCCGACACCCUUGGAGACGACUUUGUUGUCGUCGUCGUCCACGCUCUUAGCGCCCACCGCAGUGCCACCCGUAACUAACAAAUGUACUCUAAAUUCCCCUGAUCGCUUAACGCAAUCAGUAGAUUCACAGAUACAAAAGGAAAUUAUGUCCUCCAACACAGCGGUGACUUCGUCAUCGUCAUUAGAUUCUCUUAACAGCAGUAACAGUUCAACUAGCAGUAAUAGUUUAAACGAUACUCUUUUGAAAUCUUCCUCCUUCGUUGAAGAGGAUUCUACAAAAGGACAAUUUAAUGCCGCCCCCACUCUCCUGGAAAAACAACAAGAGAGUCUUUGUGCCCGUUUGAAAUCAUUAAAGGAAAAACAAAGUUUGGGUACCGCGUUUAGCGUUGGCAGUGGCAAUCGUUCACGCUUUUCAUCGUUUAGUGAAAGUGUUGCUAGCAGUGAUUUUGGUUUGAGAAAAGAUGACGAUGAUAUGGACAUUAUACGCAAUCGUAAUCUCAGUAUAUCGAGCAGUAUUGGAGGCGGUGAUUUGCUAGACAAUUGCCUAGAGGAAAUUUCCUCAACAUCCACAUCAAUGUCCUCCUCACGAGAACCAAGUCCAGAGCGUUGUUAUACCACGACGACUACUCAUCAUAAAAUUCUAACAGCAUCGGCGACCACAACAAUGACAAAUGCUAAUGUAACAAGUCACAGCAACAAUGGACAAAACGCCAGACAUCAUCAGCAGCAGCAACAACAGCAGCAUCAACAUCAUCAAACGCAUACGACACAUCAUUACCAACAACAACAACAACAUAUAAAUUGUGAUAAAAAUGAAAUGACUGGUCUGGAACGUAAAAGAAGUGUUGACAUAGCUUAAGCUUAAGACGUGGAAAAAUAAGCAAAUGGAGAGUUUUGCAUUUUUCCUUUUCGUGUACGAUGGUAACGUUACACAGAUUCUUAAGGAUCAAUUAUAAGAAACAAAAAGGUUACAGGGAUUGUUUUUCUUAAAAAGAAUAGAGGAAUUAUAGUAGAAAAAAAAAAAAGAAAAUUCCUAUAGAAACGAAUAUGAAUCUUAGUGAGAAAGUCACAAAGGACUUCUUUUUUUAUAUAAAAAAAAAACUUGUAUAGUUAAA